UCUAAUUCUCAGUAAUUAUGGAACUGUUAUCGCGUACGUCGUGAACCGUGCGCCAGGCUCCAGGUUUAACCUGCUAAGUGUGGUCUGACUUCCAUAAUGAUUCUAAUAGACAACGUGUCCCAAAUUAUUUCACAACGUCAACCUAAUAUAAUCCACUAAUGCUAGCGACCCUAUAGGAAUCCUUUCUGACUGUCAGGAUAAUAGACAUUGAUAAAGGAGACUACCUAAACCAUUUAAACUGGAACAACCAGUCACGGUAACUAAAAGAUUUGACCAGAGCCAUAGCCCUCCAGUGGAGAAGCUAGGCUAGCCGCUACCAGAGCCAUUGGCCUCCAGUGGAGAAGCUAACCUAGCCGCUACCAGAGCCAUAGCCCUCCAGUGGAGAAGCUAACCUAGCCGCUACCAGAGCCAUAGCCCUCCAGUGGAGAAGCUAACCUAGCCGCUACCAGAGCCAUAGCCCUCCAGUGGAGAAGCUAACCUAGCCGCUACCAGAGCCAUAGGCCUCCAGUGGAGACGCUAACCUCUAACCAGUAACCGCUAAUCUCCUAGUCCGUGCAGGCAGGAUGAGGUAUUAGCUCCUUGUUAGCAGAUGAAGAUAGGAUUAAGAUCAGAGGGGUUUAGCAGCAAACAACCUGCUUUUCAUUGUGUGAUCACAUCUCUCCAGGGAACGACCAGCAAGCGAAAAAACAUUGUUCAAUCCCAUCGUUCCAGGGAAGGACCACGAAGCAAACAACCUGCUUUUCAUUCUGUGAUCACAUCGCUCAAGGGAAGGAGACCACAAAGGAAGGAUCAUCUCCAACAACAUGAGAGCUUUCCAGAGCGCUAUUCUUCUCCUCGUCUCCCUACUCUUUCUCAUUAACGACAGUGAAGCCCUACAAUGCUAUACCUGCAUGGGUUCUAGUGACGAAGACUGCAAUCGUCAGGGCUCAAAAACCUGUCCAGGCUACUCUGAUGCCUGCGCUGUAGUACGAGGACACGGAAGCGGAGUGAUGAAGUCCUGCUCCUACAAGUCUUUCUGUAGCCAGGCCAACAGUCAGGGUUACCGGUCACCAGGGGUCAGAGUUCACUGCUGUUUCUCUGAUGACUGCAACGUGACAGGAAACGUAUCCAAGCUGGAAGGAAGUCUCAGCUACCUGUUGCUCCUCCUUCCUCUGCUCCUCCACUGGAUCUCAAACUAAACACAUAACCCAGCACAAACCAACCCAGCACAAACCAACCCAGCACAAACCAACCCAGCACAAACCAAACCAACCCAGCACAAACCAAACCAACCCAGCACAAACCAACCCAGCACAAACCAACCCAGCACAAACCAACAGCCAUGCCAACUACCCCACCUACCUCCCUUCGCUACCCUACUCUCAAACUAAACCCAGCACAAACCAACCCAGCACAAACCAACAGCCAUGCCAACUACCCCACCUACCUCCCUACCCUACCCUACCCUACUCUCAAACUAAACCCAGCACAAACCAACAGUCAUGCCAACUACCCCACCUACCUCCCUACCCUACUCUCAAACUAAACCCAGCACAAACCAACAGCCAUGCCAACUACCCCACCUACCUCCCUACCCUACUCUCAAACUAAACCCAGCACAAACCAACAGCCAUGCCAACUACCCCACCUACCUCCCUUCCCUACUCUACUCUACCCGACUCAAACCCCAACUCUCCAAGCCUCAGCUACCAUCCCCACUCUGGCUGACUACACCAUCUAACUCUGCCUAUCUAAAGUGUCUAAAGUAACACACAAUAAAAUAACCAUUGAUAUCACCAUAUAACCAACCCAGAACAAAUCAACCGAGAACAACCCCAGAACAAACCCAACCCAACCCAAACCAACCUAACCUACAACAAACCCAACCCAGAACAAACCC